UAAGGAGAGAUCCCUUCGUGUAUUAAAAUGCCACGUGGGAGAUAUUUGAAAGGAAAGGGGGGGGGAAAUGAAUGCUGUGUAUCAACUUGUAUUCAGAAAGCGUUUAAAAUGGAAUCCCGAAAGCAAAUAUUGAAGUGAAGUAUGGGGUCGUUGGUGCUCUCUGAAUUGAAGAGAGUUGUCUUAUCAGGGCAAGCCACUAGGAUAUAAAACUAAGAGCAAACCUAUUGCCUUUUAGCACUAUUACAUAGUUUGGUAAUGAAAUGUCUGCAAGAAAACCACCACUCACAGAGCAGGGGUCUUCAAACUUGGCCCUUGUGCGACUUGUGGACUUCAACUCCCAGAGUUCCUCAGCCAGCGUGCCUGGCUGAGGAAUUCUGGGAGUUGACAUCCACAAGACAUAAAAGGGCCAAGUUUGAAGACCCCUGUCACAGAGCAUCAAGGAUUCCACCGUUCAACCCUGAAUUACAAACAUCCUCUUUUUAUCAGAAGUGAAGUAACUGGGAAGUAAAGCCAACAGGCCAUCCAUUGUUCAAAGCACCUUCCACAGCCCCCUUUUGUGGCUUCUGGAAGUUCUCUCUAGGCACAUGCAUCAAAAAUUGGGCUGGGGACGGGGGGAAGGUUGACUGUCACUCUGAAACAAGGCAAACCCUUUUAAAAUACAAAAGUAUUCAAAAUAAAACAAGCCUUGACACUGUGCAUGGAAUGGUCCAGAUAGCUUUGCAUCAGUGAUCUGACGUCAGUGACCUCUUGGUCCACCUAUUGCCACAAAGAAGGCUGCCCACCUGUGUUUGCCAGUUUCUUGCUCCCCCCCCCCUCCCAGCUUCCCUAAAGAGUACCAGAAAAAGCAGGAAAUGAGACUUUUGACUUGACAGGAAGUCACAUGGGAGAUAGCAUCUUGCUGCAGUCAAGAAGGGAGAAUAUUGGAAGUUUAAAAAGAAAGAAGUUUGUUCAAUUCAAAUGAACCUGAUUCAGAUCUGCCAAGCCCAGUUUAGUAUAUUCACAAAAAUACCUUCCUUUCUCCCCCCCCCCCCAAAUGCAGUUCAUAAUAUUUGUGUGUGUGAAUUUCAGGGGCUGCUUUUGGUUUAUUAUGAUGGCUUAUCUGGAGUUUGUCUUGAACAGCUUCCAAGAUAGUCUAGAAAGGAACUCUCCGUUCACUUGUUUUCAAAUGUUUUUCACAUUAGAUUCCUUCAGCAUUCUGGAUUUCUUCCAGUUCUGUUCUGAGAUUUGUUACUGUUUGCCAGCCAAGUCAGUUUGCAAAAAGGCCGAAGGGUGGGGACUUGGUGUUAGCUGCUGUAUUCCUCAGCUGCUGAAGUCGGAUCCUGGAUUGCUAAGUAAAAAAUGCAGAACUGAGACGAGAUAAAUCUUUCUUUUUGAGGUAUUUGCUAAUGAAGGUAUCCAGGCAGAAAUGAUCCAUCACUUCGGAUUAUGUUGCCAGAACAGCAGUGGAAACUUUGCUAUAAUUUAAUAACGCCCAGAAUGGAGUUCCGGCACCUUUUUUGGAUGGAACCUUGUAGGGUAGGCAAGGCGGGUUGUAUGAGAGAAAGAGACUUUUGGACCUUAUGAGAACAUUUUAAGAACUACAUGAUUGGAUUAAGGGAGGUCUGAACUGUAAGACUGAGGCAAUUAUCUUCAGGCUGGGAUGAACAUCUGCAGUAAGCCACCUAACAAGACAGCCCCAGAGAAGACUUCUGAAACCACGUUUGAAGUUCAGUCUCAGCAUGCCAGGAGAAACGGCUGGAGUUGGCCCCCUCACCCCUUCCAGUUCAUUGCCUGGAUGCUCUUCUUCUUCUUUGCCCUGGUUGGUUUCGGCAUCCUUGUGCCUCUCCUGCCCGUUCACUGGGUACCCGCUGGGUACAUCUGUCCCGGAGUCUUCUUUCUCUGCCAUCUAGUAGUUCACCUUAUAGCAGUCUCCAUUGACCCAGCCGAUGACAGUGUGCGAAAGAAGAAUUACCAGGGGCCACUGACUGCGUUCAAUCGCAGCCAACAUGCUCAUGUCAUUGAAAAUCGCCACUGUCACAUCUGUGAUGUUGAUGUGAGCUCCAGAUCAAAACAUUGUGGGUCCUGUAACAAAUGUGUAUGUGGCUUUGAUCAUCACUGCAUGUGGCUCAACAACUGUGUGGGAGAGAGAAAUUAUUGGCUGUUUCUGAACAGUGUAAUAUCUGCCAUCCUGGGCCUUCUCCUAAUCUUGCUUGUUGCUUUCUAUGUCUUUGUUCAAUUCUUCCUCGAUCCCAUGAAGUUACGCACUGGACGUCCCUUUGAAGGCUUGAAGAACCAAACAGAUGUCUGGUUUGUGUUCCUUCCUCUUGCUCCAAUUAAGACAAAAUCACCUGCAAUUUUGACUUUGGCUGGUCUGCUGAUAACUCUGGGGUUACUGACUCUGUUCCUGUUGGGCCACCUGUUAGUCUUUCAUAUUUAUCUCAUGUGGCACCGGAUGACCACCUAUGAAUAUAUAGUCCAGCAGCGUCCCUCUCAAGAAGUGAAGGAUCCUGAGAAGCAGCCGGAAUUCUACCCUCCCCCAACAAAGCCCAUUCAGGAUAUGCCAUUUUAUGCAGGGAGUCUUGGAUAUACCAACCCUGAGGUGCAGGUGGAGAACUCACCAGGAUUACCAUCUGGGAGAGACCUACCCAAGUUUUGUAUCCGCAGUGAUGGCAUAGACAGCAAGACCAUGUCCUCCUCCGAACUUCCAGAUUUGCAGUCUGGGGACCAGCGACAGCUUCAGAAGAAGAAAAAGAAGAAGAAGCGGAAGAAGUUGCAGAAGGGUUCCUCCUCUGUGUUGGAAGAAAACUCCAAGGUGAUACUUGCCCCGUGGACCUCUCUUCCAGUUUUACAGUCAGAAUCGUCCUUCACCACCGCCCCCUCUUCAGCCUCCUCAUCUUCCAGCCUCCGCCCCCUUGCACCAGCCAGCCCUCCUAAAGCAGUCGUACCCACCGACAGCAUGGGCCCAGUCCAAGCUGCAGGCCCUCCAGCUGAUUAUCACUCCGAGUCAGCAGAGUCCAUGGAGGAGAUCCCUGUGGCUCAGACCCGUCUGGGGAGCAGUGCCACAAGUGGAGCUUCCAACAGCGGCACUCGGCGUCUUCCUUUUCCCGCAGCCUCCUCGAAGGGCGCAGGGGAGAAGCACCGAAAUGCUGGGCACGGCCCCAAAAGCAGGAACUCUCAGCCAGCCCGGGCCCAGCCAGCAGAAGAGCUGGAACUGUCUCCGAAGAUCCCGGCUGUGUUUGUGAGCAGAAGUAGCGGGGAGCCUUCCGUCCCCAAUCUCUGGUCUGGCGAGACCCCGUCUGAACCUUCUCACAGAAAGUGUUCCAGCAAAAGGCACAUCGACGAUCAGAAGUACCACGUUUGGGAGUCAGGCACCGGUUCGACAGCAGCCUAGACGCCUGGUGGCCUAAGAGCUAUAAUAGUCGAGAGAGAAGCCAUAGUGUGUGGCCUGCUCACUCUCCAAAUAUAUUGGUGUUCAUGGAUUGACUCUCGAGUGAUCUGUCUUGCUCUCUGGAGCAGGCUGGUAUUUGGCUUAUUAUUCAUGCCUUUUAUUCACGGGGAAACGGGGGCCAUUCUUUUCCCGCUGUAGUUCACGGAGAUAAAUCAUUUGCCUCUGGAGGGCAGCCAAAGGGUAGAAGUUAGCAGUCUCCUUAACAGGCAUACCCGGGGUUUGAAGAUUUCUGGGCCGAGCUUUGCAGAUGCUUAGAUUUAUAACCUAAGCUCUUUUAUAGAGCUCAGCCAAGCAAGUCUGCUUCCCUGGAGUUCUUUGGGAGAGCCGAAAGGAGCUCUGUUCUACCCCCCCAAGCCAGUGUUUCUCAACCUUGACAAUUUUAAGGCACGUGGACUUCAGCUCUCAGAAUUCCACAGCCAGCAUUGCUGGCUGUGGAAUUCUGGGAGUUGAAGUCCACGUGCCUUAAAAUUGUCAAGGUUGAGAAAUACUGCCCUAAGCAGAGUAGGGAGUCGGAAAGAGUACUCGUCUCCCUUUUGUACUUUCCUCUGGGAAACGUUUACUCUGUGCUUGUGUCUGAAAGGAAGACACAAAAGGCGUCGUUUCCGCUUGGCCUUUCCCUUUCCUCUGCUGCUUAUUCUUGCCUUGCAAUGCAACCUCACGUUUGGGGUUUUUUUUUUUAAAGGCUGGUGCGGCGCACUUGCAUACAUUUGGAGAGAUCCGAGCCAGUUUCUUCAUGUGGGCAACUCCCCUUGAGAACCUCUUCCUUGGUAACCCAAAACUCUUGAAUGCAUGAUGGAACUUGGGGAAGAAGAUCCAUCCUAAGACAUCUCUGGCAGAUCUGGGAGCCAGGAAUGCAACAAGGCAGUUGUCUGUUUCAUGGCUCCUUGGAUAUUUCCGGGGGCCUUAUUUUUACUUUUAAGGAGGGACCGUGCUUGGUAUCCCAAAAGUUCCAGGUUCUUCUCUUACAUCUAGUUAAAAAGGAUUCAAUAGCAAUCGGCGGGAAAGACCUUCGCCUGCGACUCUGAAGCCACGUCUGGUCAGAAUAGAAGACUAGAUGGACAAGUCACCUGGCCUAAUAGAAGGUAGCUUCCAACAUUCAUUUAGCAAUAUUAUGGAGCGCUUUGAACAGCUCUGUUCUCAAUAAAUAUUUUUUCUAUGCUCUUUG